AUGUCUCACGUCGAUACACAACUCAAGGAUGUCGCUAUCCUGGGCGCCAUCAGUAACGAUGCUCGCAAGAUCCUAACCAAGGAGGCAUGCGCCUUUUUGGCUCUGUUGCACCGCACCUUCAACCCUACUCGUAAAGCUCUCCUCCAGCGCCGCAUCGAUCGCCAAGCCGAGAUCGAUAAGGGAAAUCUUCUUGACUUCCUCCCCCAGACCAAGCACAUCCGUGAGAAUGACGCCUGGAAGGGUGCUCCUCCCGCUCCAGGUCUCGUGGAUCGCCGUGUUGAGAUUACUGGCCCAACCGACCGGAAGAUGGUGGUGAACGCGCUGAACUCUGAUGUCUGGACUUAUAUGGCUGAUUUCGAGGAUUCGAGCGCCCCAACUUGGGACAACAUGGUGAACGGUCAGGUCAACCUGUACGAUGCUAUCCGCCGACAGGUCGACUUCAAGCAGGGUGAUAAGGAGUACAAGCUGCGAACUGACCGCGCCCUGCCCACUCUGAUUGCCCGUGCCCGUGGCUGGCACCUGGACGAGAAGCACUUCACCGUGAACGGCGAGCCCAUCUCUGGUGGUCUGUUCGAUUUCGGUCUGUACUUCUUCCACAACGCUAAGGAGCUGGUCGCCCGCGGUGCCGGUCCUUACUUCUACCUCCCCAAGAUGGAGUCACACUUGGAGGCUCGUCUCUGGAACGACGUCUUCAACCUGUCCCAGGACUACAUUGGUCUGCCCCGCGGAACCAUCCGUGGAACUGUCCUCAUUGAGACUAUCACUGCCGCAUUCGAGAUGGACGAGAUCAUCUACGAGCUCCGCGAUCACAGCUCCGGUCUCAACUGCGGCCGCUGGGAUUACAUCUUCUCCUUCAUCAAGAAGUUCCGCAACCACCCCAACUUCGUCCUCCCCGAUCGCUCUGACGUCACCAUGACCGUGCCUUUCAUGGAGUCUUACGUGAAGCUCCUCAUCAAGACCUGCCACCGUCGUGGCGUUCACGCCAUGGGUGGUAUGGCCGCACAGAUCCCCAUCAAGAACGACCCUGCCGCCAACGACAAGGCCAUGGAGAGUGUUCGCGCCGAUAAGCUGCGCGAGGUGCGCGCCGGCCACGACGGCACCUGGGUUGCACACCCCGCACUGGCUUCGAUCGCCUCUGAAGUCUUCAACGCACACAUGCCCACUCCCAACCAGCUGUUCGUCCGUCGCGAGGAAGUGAACAUCACCGCCAACGACCUCCUUAACACCAACGUCCCCGGCAAGAUCACCGAGGAAGGCAUCCGCAAGAACCUGAACAUCGGCCUCAGCUACAUGGAAGGCUGGCUCCGUGGCGUCGGCUGCGUGCCCAUCAACUUCCUCAUGGAGGACGCCGCCACAGCCGAGGUUUCUCGCAGUCAGCUGUGGCAGUGGACCCGACACAACGUCACCACGGCCGAGGGCAAGCGCGUGGAUAAGGCGUUUGCACUGCGUCUUCUGCAGGAGCAGGCUGAUAGCCUGGCGGCUAAGGCUGGCAAGGGAAACAAGUACCAGCUUGCUGCUCGCUACUUUGCUGGCCAGGUUACUGGUGAGGAUUACGCUGAUUUCUUGACCAGCUUGCUGUACAAUGAGAUCUCCUCUGCUGGUAGUGCUGCUAAGCUUUGA